AGCCCCCGACCCGGGCGAAUGCGGGCUCGUGCUGCUGCUGCUGCUGCCGCCGCCGCCGCCGCCGCCCGGGCCGAGUGACAAAGGAAGGAAGGAAGGAAGCGAGGAGGAGCCGACCCCGCAGCCGCUGACAGGGCUCCGGACUGGGGGCAAAGCGCGGACACUUCCUGAGCGGGACUGUGCAGAAGCGAGGGGCGGGAGGGCGGCCGCGCUGGUGCCUUGGACGGGGGAGGGGGCCCCCGAGGGACGGAAGCGGUUGCCGGGUUCCCAUGUCCCCGGCGUAUGGGGAGCAGUCGAGGAGCCGCUGCCUGGGGUCUGAAGGGAGCUGCCUCCGCCGCCGCCGCCGCCAUGGCCGCUGGAUCCAGCCGCCGCCUGCAGCUGCUCCUGGCGCAAUGAGGGGAAGAGCCGCCGCCACCGCCCGACUCUGACUGACUCGCGACUCCGCCGCCUUCCAGUUCGCCGGGCCCCCACCGUCAGCCCGCCGGAUCCUUGCCGCUGCCGGAGCCGCAGCGUUUCCCGACGCAUCUCCGAGCCACCCCUCCCUCUCCCUCCCUCCUUCCCAUCCCCCCUUCUUUUCAAGCGUGAGACUCGUGAUCCUUCCGCCGCUUCCCUUCUUCAUUGACUCGGAAAAAAAAUCCCCGAGGAAAAUAUAAUAUUCAGAGUACUUAUUUUCAAUCCAGUAUUUGUCCCCGUUUCACGUGAUAUAUAUUUUUUAGGACCUCCCACCCAUUUCUGCCCUCCAAGGAAAAGGAGGGGAAAGAAUUGUAUUUUUUUCCCAGCCCCGGAUCGUCUAUAUGUUAAAUAUCCGUACUGAUCUGUCUUCAAGGAGAAAUACAUCGCUCGGUUUUUUAAAUAGCUGUACAAAAGGAGUGAAAAGGCAAGAGGACGAAGUCUUUUUCCUGUGGGAAAACUUAAUGCUGCAUUUAUCAUUAACCUAACACCCCAACAUAAAACAAAAGGAAGAAAAGGAGGAAGGAAGGAAAAAAGGUGAUUCGGAAAAAGAGUGAUCAUGUCAGGGCGGCCCAGAACCACCUCCUUUGCGGAGAGCUGCAAGCCAGUGCAGCAGCCUUCAGCUUUUGGCAGCAUGAAAGUUAGCAGAGACAAAGAUGGCAGCAAGGUAACCACAGUGGUGGCAACUCCUGGGCAGGGUCCAGACAGGCCACAAGAAGUCAGCUAUACAGACACUAAAGUGAUUGGAAAUGGGUCAUUUGGUGUGGUGUAUCAAGCCAAACUUUGUGAUUCAGGAGAACUGGUUGCCAUCAAGAAAGUAUUGCAGGACAAGAGAUUUAAGAACCGAGAGCUCCAGAUCAUGAGAAAGCUAGAUCACUGUAACAUAGUCCGAUUGCGUUAUUUCUUCUACUCAAGUGGUGAAAAGAAAGAUGAGGUCUAUCUUAAUCUGGUGCUGGACUACGUUCCGGAAACAGUCUACAGAGUUGCCAGACACUAUAGUCGAGCCAAACAGACGCUCCCUGUGAUCUAUGUCAAGUUGUAUAUGUAUCAGCUGUUCCGAAGUUUAGCCUAUAUCCAUUCCUUUGGAAUCUGCCAUCGGGAUAUUAAACCACAGAACCUCUUGUUGGAUCCUGAUACAGCUGUCUUGAAACUCUGUGACUUUGGAAGUGCAAAGCAGCUGGUCCGUGGAGAACCCAAUGUUUCGUAUAUCUGUUCUCGGUACUAUAGGGCACCAGAGUUGAUCUUUGGAGCCACUGAUUAUACCUCUAGUAUAGAUGUAUGGUCUGCAGGCUGUGUGUUGGCUGAGCUGUUGCUAGGACAGCCAAUAUUUCCAGGAGACAGUGGUGUGGAUCAAUUGGUGGAAAUAAUCAAGGUCCUGGGGACACCAACAAGGGAGCAAAUUAGAGAAAUGAACCCAAACUACACAGAAUUCAAAUUCCCUCAAAUUAAGGCACAUCCUUGGACUAAGGUCUUCCGACCCCGAACUCCACCCGAGGCAAUUGCACUUUGUAGCCGUCUGCUGGAGUAUACACCAACUGCCCGACUGACACCACUGGAAGCUUGUGCACAUUCAUUUUUUGAUGAAUUACGGGACCCAAAUGUCAAACUACCAAAUGGGCGAGACACACCUGCACUCUUCAACUUCACCACUCAAGAACUGUCAAGUAAUCCACCUCUAGCUACCAUCCUUAUUCCUCCUCAUGCUCGGAUUCAAGCAGCUGCUUCAACUCCUUCAAAUACCACAGCAGCCUCAGAUGCUAAUGCUGGAGACCGUGGACAGACCAAUAAUGCCGCUUCUGCAUCAGCUUCCGACUCCUCCUGAACAGUCCCGAGCAGCCAGCUGCACAGGAACAACCACCAGUUUACUUGAGUGUCACUCAGCAACACUGGUCACGAUUCGAAAGAAAAUUAAAAAGAAAAAAAAACCCUAUUCAUUUUAGUGUUCAAUUUUUUUUAUUAUUAUUGUUGUUCUUAUUUAACCUUGUAAAAUAUCUAUAAAUACAAACCAGUUUCAUUGUAUUCUCACUUGAGGGAGAUCCAGGGGGUGGGAGGGGUUGUGGGGAGGGGGAAAGCGGAGCACUAGAACACACAAUCUCUCUCCCACGACAAUCUUUUUUUAUCAAAAGUCUGCUGUUGUAUACUUUAAAAACAGGACUCCUGCCUCAUGCCCCUUCCACAAAAGAAGACUUUGUUCUGUGCUGAAGUUUUUUUGAACUUUGUUUUCUUUCAAAGUCAAGUGUAAGACUUGGGUAUAGUGCACAGCUUGAAAUUGGUUGGGAGCUUAGCAGGUGUAACUCAUUGGGGACUUAAAUGUCACUUGUAAAAUUAAUCCAUAUCCUCGGGUACUUGAAGACUUGCCUUUGGCAUGUCAAUGGCAGGUGUGGCAGACAAAGGAAAUGUGUGUCAUUUGUAACCCAGGAAGUCAAUAAAGUUUGAAUCUAUAUGGGGAAAAUUCUUAAUUGAUGUCAAGGUUUUAUUUUACUCUUAAUCAGUGCUAGUAGUGAAGAAACUUCUGUAGGUAAAGAAACUUCUGAAGCUGUCAGGGGAGAAGCGUGUGUGCUCUUUGUGUGGGUCUUUGUUUGCCUGACCAAAGGUUCUCUAUAAAACUUAGUACAGUUUUAAUCUAGUGACCUAGGAGAAGACUGAGAAGGGUGUUGAGCUGGCCACUCUGGCUGCAGAGGUCAAAAGCUGAUGAACCUGGAGGAGAAGGGUGGGCCGGGCAGAUCUCACCACUGUGAAUGAAUUUGUCCAGAUUUUAUUUUCUAAAGUUGCUUCCCUUGGAAAGAUACACUUGAGAGGACAUCGUAGUUAAAUAAUGUGAAUUGUAACAGUCUACUGGUUUAUUUUUCAUAUUUUUUAAUUGCAAAUUGAGCUUGCAGAAAUUGCCACAUUCUGCAUAUAGUUCUAAUUUUAACUCCAAAUCCAGAAUCUGUAUUUAAUUUCAGCUUUUUUAACCUCAAGCUUUUUAAAUUUUAUUUAUUGAUGCAUGUGAGAUAGGCCAUGAUGAUUUUAGAUGGUAGGAAUAUUAAAAACUACACAUGAAAAUGACAUAAACAGUCACUUGUACCUGCUGACUUUAUAGGAAAGCUGAUUAUAUAAAUGUGUGUAUAUGUGUUAUAUACAUAGAUUCAGUACUGCCUUUUGUUUGGGGUUUUUUUGUUUUGUUCUGUCUUUCUGUUUUUGUCCACAAUAUCAAAAUUGACUAGUUGAAGCAUGAGGAUGUUUCCCCCUACACCUAGUUAAGAGUUUUUGUUUUCUUCAUAUAAUCAGUGAACAGUGUAAGACUCAGUCUCUGUUUUUGAAGAAAAAGCAAUAUUCCUUGGAAAGCAAGGAGCAUUGAAGGAUUACGUUGGCAGUAAGGAAAUAGAUUUUCACAGCUGGUUUGUUUUAUAUUUUUAAGGUUGACAUCUAUGUGGGCCUUAUAUACUCUAAAAUGAACCUUAGACACCUUGGUGCUUAUGGGCCAUUACUUGACCUAUGAAUCUUUAAGGCACAAUCAGUUGUACUUUACAUUUAAAGAUCACUUGAGUGAUGGCCGCCUUUCCCGCCUACCUUCCUUCCCCACACACCUUUCCAAGGUUAGCUGAUAACUGUUGGGCUGCAGAGCUGAGCCCCAGACUGUAACCUUUCACCCUCCUUGUUGUCACCUUAGGUCAUGUUAGGGGCGUUGCCCUCCAGGUGAUUCGGAAGUGGAGUCUCUUGGCAUCCCUCACGCAGGUCCCAGCACCCUGUCCUGCUUCUUAACCAAGUGUGUGUGACUCUCCAAGAGAGUCGUACUGCCUGCUGACGUGAACCAGUACCCAGAGAGGCACCUGUGAGCCAUCCUGGUUUUCACUCACUGUCUAGCUAAGCUCUUAAGCCACAGAAGGGUUUCUCCAACCUCUGGUUAUAUCAGAGUUCGUGAGAAAGGAAACACACUCACUCAAACCAAAUCAAACAAAUUGCAUUUUACUUUUCGUAAUGAGCUUCUGAGAGCAAAUUAAGAUUUGAAAGAAGUCUGAAUCAAAGUAUUUGACAGCAUUAAUUCUUAAAGGGAAUGGCUUUGAUAGACCAUUUCAGAAAGGGUUGAUAAAGAAGCUGGAUGGCAGGUCUGUGACAGAGAAGUGGACCUACUUUGAGACCAAACUACCCAGCCAGACAUGUGGACACAGACAGUGCUCUGAACUGAUAUACUUGCUGGAGAAUGCAAAAAUCUGUGCUUUUAGGAAACACUUCCUGCCGUACAUGGGAUAAGAGAAGAGAGAAAAGUCAAGUUUUUCUCUCAUUUUAAUUGUGUAUGUGUGAGGGCUGAGGUUCGUGAUUUUUCUUUCUCAAGGAUCAUGGUGGGAUCACAGAACUCUUAUACAAGUGGGAUCCAGGUCUCUGAAUAAUGUUUUUUGUAAAUAAUAAUAAAAGCUCCUCACCAAAUUCAAGCUUGUACAUUAUAUUUUCUUUCAAUGUUUUUAAAUUUAAGUUCUAUUGUUUUGUAUGUAAAUAUGUGGACCCAGGAACUGUUAUUAAUGAGCAAAAAGUUACUGUUCAGGGCAGUGAUUCUGUUUAAUAAUCAGACAAAUUGUAGACGAGCUUUUUAAAGCCAUAUAGUUUUAACUGUACAGUAGGUACCGGCCUGUAUUAUUGUAACAAUAACUCUAGCAAUGUAUAGUGUAUCUAUAUAGUUUGGAGUGCCUUCGCUUCCAUGUGUUUGUUUUUUCGUUUCUGUUCUUCAUUUUGCAGAUACUAAUUGGUCUCAAUAUCCAUGUCUCCCUGUCCCACCCCCUUCCCUUUGAAAUAAUGGCUCACUCAUAACAGUGUCUUUGCCCCUUCCACAGUUACCAUGCUCAGGAGUGGAAAGAGGAAACCAUAAUCAUUUUCAUAAUCUCAUUUCAUUCAAGCCCUACCUUUGUUUUGGUUCUGAACAUCUGUUUCCUCCUCAGUAGCAGUGACCAGUUCCAUUUCAUCCAGGGACUUAGUGUAGUGCCAGGGAGCCCUCGAGCCGGAGAAUAUGGAAUAGAGUAGAUUUUGCUCGUCUCUUCCCCCAAACCCUAACCAUGGGUCUUACAAACAGCAGAUUCCGGGAGCCUUCUGCCCUCUCUCUCUCUCUCCAUUUCAUCUACUUCCCUCCCAAAUGAGAGAAAAAAGAGAGAGAGAGAACUGGUUUUUGUAAAUCGGUGUUUCUUAAUACUUGUAUCGGUUUUGAUACACGAGUGGUCUAAAAUGCUGUGGUGCAAUUACUAGCGGCCGCUGCACGAUUGCCGCCUGCGCGGUGGGGACUGUUGUUUUCACAAGGGAACUUUCCUCCCCCCUGUCACCUCUACCCCUGUUCAAUGAAAUGUCAUUUUAAUUUAUCUUUUUAAAAAAUCUGUUUCUUACUGUGUGCCCAUCAUGAAGGCCUUUUUUGAAAGAAAAAAAAAUCAAAAUUACUUGUUUUGCCUCCAAGUACUCCAUAUAAGAUGUCUCAAGUAGAAGAAAAAAAAAAAAAAAAAACUUUGCCAAACCAAAGCUUGCUAUUUUUGAAAUAUCAUGUGUUCAUUCCAGCAAGGCAGAAGACUGCACCUUCUUUCCAGCAACAUGUUGUGUCCUUUUUUUAAAGUCCUCUUAAUUUUUAGACACAUAUUUUUUAUUUGUGUUUUAACAAAGCCUGCCUAACCAGUCAUCUUGUCUACACCAAUGCAAAGGUUUCUAAGAGGACUAUUGUAUUCUCUAUCCCUGUGGAUAUAAAGACACUGGCAUUUCAUUUCUUUUUCCCUUUCCUUUUUAAGGGAUUUAACUUUGGAAUCUUCCAAAGGAAGUUUGGCCAAUGCCAGAUCCCCAGGAGCUUGGGGGUUUUUCUUCGUUUUAAACCAAAAUUGUAUCGGAUUUCUUGUUCAUGUUAGUUGAUCAUCUAAUCACAGAGUCGAACACUUUCUCCCUUAUAUCCCUUAUAUAGAAAAAUAAGUAUGCUUUACAGUAAAAUCUGUCUUUUCUGGUAGAAACCUGAGCCACUGAAAAUAAGACAACUAGAAGCAGAGUAGAGCCCCAGACUAAGGUCUGUGUUUGAGAGGCUUUGAAAGUAAUCUCUGGGGUUUGGAUUAUUUUCACAAGGGUUAUGACGUUUUAUUCAAGUUUGUUGCUCCAUUUGCACCUCUGCAAUAAAAGCAAAAUGACAACCAGUACAUAAGGGGUUAACUUGACAAAGUAGACUUCCUUGUGUUAAUUUUUAAGUUUCUUUUUUCUUAACUAUAUCUGUCUACAGGCAGAUACAGAUAGAUGUAUGAAAAUGUGCUUGCCUGUAAAAUUUGCAUUCAUAAAUGUGUUGCCGAUGGAUCACUUGGGCCUGUACACAUACCAAUUAGCGUGACCACUUCCAUCUUAAAAUCAAAUCUAAAAAACAAAAUUUAUUAUUAUAUAUAUAUAUAUAUAUAAAGGACUGUGGGUUGUAUACAAACUAUUGCAAACACUUGUGCAAAUCUGUCUUGAUAUAAAGGAAAAGCAAAAUCUGUAUAACAUUAUUACUACUUGAAUGCCUCUGUGACUGAUUUUUUUUUUCAUUUUAAAUAUAAACUUUUUUGUGAAAAGUAUGCUCAAUGUUUUUUUUCCCUUUCCCCAUUCCCUUGUAAAUACAUUUCGUUCUAUGUGACUUGGUUUGGAAAUAGUUAACUGGUACUGUAAUUUGCAUUAAAUAAAAAGUAGGUUAGCCUGGAAAUGAAAUUAAAA